AUGAAGUCACUUUACUUUCUUUCAGUUUUGCCCUGCCUCAGCAGCGGCGUCGUCGGUUUCCCGGCCUACGUUAACGAGGCUCUCAAGAAUGAUGUUGGUUCAAAACUCUCUAAGCAGCUGGCCGGUAUCUUCCAUGAAUCCCACGAGAAGAGGCUGCUCUUCGACCCGAUGACCACCCCUAUCAAUGUGGCCGGCGACCACAGAUUUAUUGCACCAGACUUCCAAGACGGCGCGCAGCGCGGCCCUUGUCCAGGACUGAAUGCUCUGGCAAACCAUGGCUACAUCAAUCGAAAUGGAGUGACCAGCGUGACAGAGGUCGCAGGAGCCAUCAACCAAGUCUUCGGAAUGGGGGUGGAUAUUGCGAUAAUAUUGGCGGUCUUGGGUACUGUCUUCGUGGGCAAUCCUUUGUCACUCAACCCUGGCUUCUCCAUCGGCGACGUCUCGAGUGCAUCGAACAACAUUCUCGGCAACGUCCUGGGACUUCUUGGUACGCCUCGAGGUCUUAAUGGCUCGCAUAACAUUAUCGAAGGCGACUCAUCCAACACACGAGCUGAUCUGUACGUGACGGGAGAUGCCUCCACAAUGGUCAUGGAUCAGUUCCAGUCAUUCUACGAUAUGUCAUCCGGAGAAGGUGACUACAACUUUGACGUCUUCGCCAAGAGAGCCUCCAUCCGCUUCAACGAGACCAUCGCAACCAAUCCCUACUUCUACUACGGUCCGUUCACCGGUAUGAUCGCGCGUAACGCAGGUUACUUUUUCGCCUGUCGUAUGUUUGCAAACUACUCAUCCGAAAACCCCGACGGUAUUCUUAACAAGAAGACCCUCAAGAGCUUUUUUGCUGUACAGGGCGAAGAAGGCAACCUCACAUACAACCGUGGCUGGGAAAGAAUCCCCGAGAAUUGGUAUCGCAUGCCUGUCGACUACGGCUUGGUCCAGCUAAACUUGGACCUCGUUGAUCUGAUCCUCAAGUAUCCCGAGUUGGGAAGGUGA